AUGGAGAAGUACACAGACUCACCACCUACCUUGCAAGUAGAGCAUUCCUCCCUUCAGACAGAGAAUCUGAUUCUGCAGCCACAAAUACAGCAUCUGACUGAAGAGAGUCCUGAUCUGAGGGGCCAAGUCAUGACUACCCUGGCCACCCCAAUGAUGUCUGUACCCUGCUCACUUGAACAUCUCUCUCAGUUUCACCACGACCCUGCUAAUCUCUCAAGAUUUCUUGCACAGUUGACAACUCUUAAGUUCCCCAAUCCUGCAGAUGAUGUCCAAGUCAAGUUCUUUUUUGACUACUUAUCUCAGCAGAUGGAAAGUUGUGGAAUCAUAUCUGGGCCUGACCAGAGCACUCUGCUGAAACAAUAUGAGAACUUUGUUCUUGAGUUCCAGCAAUCAUUUGGUGAGCCUACAAAACAGGAAAUAGACCUUCUGAACAAAAAGGACAAUUCCUCCUCUCAGCAGGAUGCUUCUACUUUCCAGCUCCUUGCUCAAAAUCUGAGCUGUAAUGAAACCAGUCUGAGUGAUAACUUCCAAGAAGGACUAGCUGACUCCAUCCAGGAUGAAGUGAGUGGCACAGAUAUGAUGGACAACCUUCCAGACCUGAUCACUCAGUGUAUUCAGUUGGACAAGAAACAUAGUGACAGGCCAGAGCUUCUUCAGUCAGAGACCCAGCUCCCAAUGUUGGCUUCCAUGAUCCACCACCAAGCCUUUUCCAGCCCCACAGAUCUGCCACCCAAGGAAGAACCUAUACAGUUGCGUGGAAGCCAGCCACCUCUCACCCCAGCCAAACGAGCCCUCCAGCAAGAAGCUCAGUUGUGCCUCUACUGCAGCCAGGCUGGUCACUUCACAAGAGAUUGCCUUGCCAAACGUUCUCGAGCCCCAGCAAGGAUAAAUAACCCAACUCACCAGUAA